UACAGCUUUGCCACUUUGCCGCUAGUGUCGCUAGCUGUACGGCGCGCUAGCACAUGGCGGUUGCAAAAAGCUGCGAAGUGUGUUGCUGGAAAUAAUAAUACAACAAAUUUGUAGUUUUUGCCCUUUGCACAAACAUCCAUUAUCAUGGCAGGCGUAACCCAGCGUGUCCGAAGCGUGCGUAUCCAACUGCUGCUGAAAGGCUGUGCAAAUCGACCCUUCUACCACCUUGUGGCAGCACGACUACGGCGACGGCCGCGGGACACGGACACUAUUGAGCAGAUCGGUUCCUUUGACCCGAUGCCCAACGAGCGUAACGAGAAGUUAGUGGCCAUCAACUUUGACCGGCUGAACUACUGGUUCGGGCAGGGAGCCAAGACGAGUCCGGGAGCAGGCAUGCUCUUAGGUUUGGCAGGAUACACAAGCGUGCACCCAAAAGUCUAUAUGAAGGCCUGGAGGAACCGGCGUGCUGCGCUUGCUGAGGAACAGGCUGGAAAGGAAGCUGCUGAAGCAAAGGAUGAAGCAGCAAAGGCCGAGAGCUAGGGUGAAAAGGCUGUGAGUUUGUUCUUUGUGUCGCGGAGAAUUUUGUUGAUGUCAGCAAGCAAGAAAAAAAAAAAAAAGUGAUGCUGAACUUUUCUUGUGCAUAGGGGCGGCUGUCAAGAGGCCUACAGUAAGAAAAGCAUUAGUGUACACAUGCUAGCUGGAUCUGUUAAAAUGUGUGAACCUGCUUUCAUAUGUUUCCCUGGACAAGAUAGCACGCAGUUGUGGCUCAAGAACGAAUAAAAUUAGAAUUCAUUGACGAGCCAGAAAUUUGAUUGUGGUGCUGAGCUUCUCUAUGUUUAAGAGGAUGCAUAAACGUGUUGAGAGCAUUUCA